AUGGCCGACCGAAAGGCGCCCUCAUCGGCCUACGGGGCCGGCCCAGCGGGGGACACUGACUUCCGCAAGACUUGGAACCGGGACGAAUACGCCGCAAAGGCAGCGGCACGGGAGGCCAAAGUCAAAGAAGAAGGCAAGGCACGCUACGAAGCCAAGCUCGCGGGCAAAAAGUACAUUCCACGCGCCGCCACCCCGCCCGACGCCAAAGAAACUCAGUCGCGCGCCGAGCGGCUCAAUGUCAGCGCGAACGUAGGCAAGACGAUGCUUGUCCCCGCAGGGGCGGGCAUCGGAAAGCGCGGGCGCGGCGCGGGCUUCUACUGCCCGGACUGCGACCUCACGUUCAAAGAUAACCUCCAGUUUGUCGACCAUCUGAACAGCCGCCAGCAUUUGGCCAACACGGGCCAGUCGGGCGAAGUGCGCAAAGCGACGCUGGAGGAUGUCAGGGAGCGGCUGGCGUGGCUCAAGCGCAAGCGCGAAGAGGAGAAGAAGGAUGAAGUGAUUGAUCUCAAGACGCGCUUGGAAACGCGCCAGCAACAGGACGAACGCGAGCGGGAAGAAAGGAGAAGAAAGCGCAGAGAGAGGCGAAGAAAGACAAAGGAUGGAAUGGGGAUAAAAGAGGAAGACCAGUAUGAGGGGAAUGGAAUCAUUUGUUGA